CCACGCAUUUGCAUCUCCCACCACCUUGUUUUGCCCGCUUUCCAGCUUCCAUCUCCACACCACACUGCCCCACCCUGCAACAAUGAGCGACCCCAAGCGCAACAAGAACAGCGUGCUCGCUGACAUCCAAACGGAGGUGUGGUACUUGACACCACAGGAAGUCAUGCGCGUCGCUGCGGCGUGCAGCUUCUCGCAUGUGAACGAGGGCAAGGACCUCCUCCACAAGUUCCAAUCCAACUGCCCACCAAAGCAUUCCUUGCCAUAUGUGAGCAAUAAGAGCGACAUGCAGCCGCUCAAGGACAUUGUCAAGGCCCAAUUAGGCGAAACCCACAAGCUCUUUAUCCUUCUGAAAGAAUGGCAGGCCGCCUCUGGCCUUCAGCCUUUGUCAAGAGAGCCCGCCGACACCAGCAAAGCCGCCAAAGUCUCCAGAGAGCCUUCGGAUGACUCGACCGCAAGUGACAUGGAAGAGCAGGCCUCGCACGAUCCCGAGCAACAUCCACUCAUGACGGCGCCGCCAGAGUUGCUGAUGGAGUUUAUCGAAAAUGAGGUGAAGAACCUGAGCGAAGACAACGUGAAGAAGGUGGCCGCCUACCUGGGACAGCAUUUGGAUGCCCCUGUGACGACGGCCGACACGCUUCUUGGCGUCUUGAAGCAGCACAAGCCGCCAUUCAACAAGCAUACCUUCAUCAACGACCAAGACGGCAUGGAGCCGUUCCUCAACGUUGUCACGGACACGCUCGGGGGCGCCCAUGUCAUGGCCCACCUCAUCCACCUUUGGCGCGCCGCUAACGCCAAGACAGACCGCAAAAAGACCGUUGGCGCCCUCCUGGACAGCCUCUGCCCAAAUGGCCUUCCCGAACAGGCGCACACGCGAUUCGUGAUUGUGUGCGCCAAACCGUACGAGUUUGAGGCCAUGAACCGCGCCUUUGACAGUAUUGCGUCGAUUCGCCGCCACCCCAUGUCCCUUGGCUACUGCUUUGGCGCCGGGUACAAGGAGGCGGCCAACGCGUUCUACCGCUUUGACUUUGUCAUGACCAAAGGCGGGAAGGCGUAUCACCUGACGGUGACGCGGUUCGUGGCCAAGCUGCAAGGCCCCAUCGAGUGCGGCAUCCACGUGGGCCAGGUCAUCACCGCACUGGAGCCCGACUACAUUGGCAUGAUUGGCGUGUGCGGCGGGCACCACCUCAACGACGUCAUUGUUGCCACCAAGGCCGUCGACGCCCGCGCUGGCCGCGUGAUCAUCGAGAAGAGCAGCUGCGGUCUGGAACGGAUUGACCCCUCCGCCUAUGGGCGCUCGGACGUGGCAGAGUACAUGAACCCGUACUUCUUCAAGCCAGCUUCGUCUGAUGACGCCACGGCUGGACAGGAUGCCGAGCUUGCGGUUGGUGACCACAUGGCCGUCACCUUCCAGGCGCCACCCGGCAUCACCGUGCACAUGAAGUCUACGCUGUACACGUACCCGCAGGUGCGGGAGGACUGUGUGGCGCUCGUGGGCGAGACAGAGGGCUUGGAGAUGGAGGCGUUCCCUUUCUUCAAGGCCGUGCGCAUGGCUCGUGCGGCAGACGUGUGCCCGGUCAAAGCCCUGCCUGUGAUGAAGGCCGUGAGCGACGUGAGCGAGUUGGCGCUGGACAAGGAAGGACGCAACCCAGCAGUUUGUGAGCAGCUGAAGAAGGCAAAGGUUGAGAACGACGGCAAGUUUGCUGCCGUUUUGGGCGAGGCGGGCGCCGGAGACCUCUCGCACGGCCAGAAGCGCAAGCUCUUUCGCAAAAUUGCGGCUGGCAAAGCCGCCACCGUCAUGGCCGCCUUGAUCGACCAGGCUCCUUUCCUCAAGUAGUGAUGUUUGUGUGUGUGUGUGUGUGUUUGUGUGUGUGUGUGUGUGUGUGUGUGUGUGUGUGUGUGUGUGUGUGU